AUGGUAAAGCCCGACGACAAGGUGGUGGCCCUCAUCCCUCAUAUCUUUCUGUGGGCGGAAGCGGAACUGGCUAAGGUGAGAAAUUCAGACGCCCGAAACGCCGACCACCCGCCACCCUUUUCCACGCCGACAUUCCACCGACGGUUGAUUGUGUUUCUGUUUGUGUUCGUCUCUAAGGCGGAAAAGUGCGCCACGGGGAGAGAACCCAACACGGCCGGGAUGCACUUCCUGCAAUCGUUCAUUGAGUUCGGCCGCCGCAUCGUUGCCGAGGAUCUUGCGUGCAUGCUGAUGCGCGAGCCGUGGCACCCGUACGUCCAUAGUUCCAAGCUCUGCCGCGACCCCGACUUCCAGAAAUGGGCCAAGGACAUCAACCGGAUGGACCUCGAAACCAUCGCCACGCGCCGUACUCCUAGCGAGAACCCCCAAGAGGUCGACCUGCUCACCAUGAUGCUGCACCGCCAGAGGGAGGAUGCCGCGAUCGAGAAGCUUGAGAUGCAGAAGAAGUUGGAGGAGAAGAACGCUGAGACCGCGAGGUUGAUGCAGGCUCUCAAGCUGACCGAGGCACGGACGACGCCGACUGCGCCGGCGCCGUCAAGGCCGAUGACCGACGCCGAGAAGGCAGCGGCUGUCAAGAUUGAGAAGGAGCAGGACGACGACCUCAUGUAUGAGGUGAACGUCGUGCAUCCCUGGCGCACGUCCAAGACGGUCGAGGCUGCCUGGCGCUGGUGGAACAACCUGUCGCACGUGGAAGCGCGGCCUUUGUGCGAAGGUUACGAGGAGCCCAGAUUCCUCGUCAGACACACGCGCAUGAUCUACAAGGUCGAGAAGGCCGACAAACCCGCAGUGUCGGCGAAGUCGGCGAAGAGCUCUCGUGGCCGAAAAGCGUCGACCGACGAUUGUCCCAGGGUGAAGCGGAUCAUGGAAAUCGUGCACUUCUUGCGGCGGAGCGACGACGACGUUGAAACCGCCGCCAUGGUCAAGCUACUCGACCACCUGGGGCGGGCGGGUCUUUCUACUUUCAGCGACGCUCUCAUGGUCCUCCGUGCGACCACGCCCAUGAAGGUCCUGACCACAGCCGACGGAAAGCCGACCAGCAUCAAGGGUCUGGACAAGCCGCAGUACAGGAACCUGGCCGUUGUGUGGGGCGUUGUCUCAGCGGGCUACGCCGACCUUGAAUGGGGGAAGGAUAUCUUUGGCGGGGAGGAGCACGCCAAGAAGGUCGGCUUGGAGGCCAAGACGACCGCGGGAGCGAGGGCGGAGAGCUCCGGCGCUGGGAAACACAAGAGGGCGGGCUGA